UCUUGUUUUGUACAGAAUACACACGCCGCCGCCGUGUAAGACCCUGUGAUUUUUUCACCUCUUUGUGCGUAAAAUUCGCGAGUCUUCCUCGACAUAAAGCUACGUUUUUUUUGUUUUUUUAUUUUAUGUAUUAUAGUUUCGUGUGUCAAGGGUGUAGCCCAACUAUGGGUAUGGUGGUUCUUCCUCGAACGAUUUUGCAAUGACGCGGCACCCCAACUCACGAAGUCUGGACUCGCAGUGAAAAUUGGAUCUUACGAAUAAUUUGACCAGCAAUUCAUGGAUAUUCCAGAUGACAAUUUUUACCGUGAUGAAUGAAGAAAUGUUUGUAUUCAUGGAUGGAGACUUUGAUACGAUAUGGAGGUAGAUAUACUGAUAAAGAUUGUAAUCUCGCUGAUCUACUACCGCCUCAUCCUGCAUCAACCUGCUGCUGCCCAACUGAUACGCGACACAAGAUGUUUUCUCGAGAACGGGGCAACAGCGGCCCACCUUUUCGUCGGAGAAGAGCUGGAGGUCGGCGGAGUCGUCGGUGCGAUCGGCGUGAUUGGGGAUCCUGUGAUUCCUGGGGAUCUGGGAUCCAAGGGAGAUAUUGAGCUGCGGUUGCAGGAGAAGGAUAGCCCAGUAGCAAUUUAUCCCGGGUCAAAGAAUCUCACCCUCACCAGGCCAUUGGAUAAGGAGGGUGUCCAGGGACCGGCCAGUGUUUAUGUCAACGUUAUUUGUGAAAGGAGACGAACUCUCGAUCCGGGUUUCGUGAUACCGGUAAAUAUACGAGUGACGGACGCGAACGACAAUGCUCCACAAUUCGUCAAUGCGCCUUACGUCCUUAACAUUUCCGAGGUGACGGUCGUCGGCACGAGAGUGCUUCAAGGUGUUCGAGCGAUCGACGGGGAUCAACCAGGCCCAUACUCGACGGUCGAGUAUACCGUACUGCCAGGACCGCACGCGGACUACUUCGUGUUUGUAAACGCUCUGGAAGGCACUCUGGUAUUGCGCAAGCCACUGGACUACGAGACACUGAGCAACUUUUCCGUUGGAAUUCGAGCCCAGGACCAAGGCAACCCCCCGCAGUCGACGGAUACGGCCCUUCGGGUGAACGUGAUCGAUGCCGAUGACCAAAAUCCAGCCUUCCUAAACGACCAAUACAAGAUCACUGUACCAAUCGGAGAAAAAAGCGGGACGACGUUGGGAGUGGAACCAGCGGCGAUACGGGCCGUGGACCAGGAUACCGGGAUCAAUUCGCCGGUUCGCUACACGCUUCAAGGGGGAGCCGUUUCGUUCCUCUCACUGAACCCGGGGACGGGGGACGUGGUGCUCACCAGAAGCCUGAGGGACCACGAGGUCGUCGCACCCACGACGCUGGUGAUAAAGGCGACCCAGGUUGACAAUCCGGAUCGAUACGCUCUGGCAACUGUCGUCGUCGCCCGGGAGGGAGGACUCGGCGCCGGACCCACAGCCGGUGGACGACUUCCGGUGAGAUUCGUACUGAAGGACUACCAGGCUUGUAUCCCGGAAAACACACCGCCAGGAAGCAUUCUCCUCACAGCGGGCGUUAACAAAAUAGACCCGAACUUGAGGUUCUGGCUGGUCGGGGCGGGCGAGGAUCUCGAGAGGUUCGCCAUCACAAGAUCCGGUGAGCUCAUCCUGAAGGGUACCCUAGACUACGAGCGUCGGAUACAGCACAGCUUCCGGGUUCACGUGACGGACGGGCACCACAACGAUACAGCGAGAGUGAACGUCUCAGUCGAGGACGUCAACGAAUGGGAGCCAAGGUUCCGUCAUCCAAGGUACGAGCUUCAUGCGAGGAGUCUCCGUCAAGGUUCUAUUAUAGGAAGGCUUGAGGCAGCAGACGGGGACAGAGGGGACAGGGUCUCGCUUUCGCUGAGAGGGCCAGACGCGAGAUCUUUCGAGAUUCGGGACAACGGAGAACUGAUACUGAGGUCGUCAGGCCCUUUCAAUGGGACAACGGCUCGACUGGUCGCCAUUGCCUCGGACUCAGGUCGGCCACCGAGGUCCAGCAUGGUGCCAGUAAUCGUUCAUCUUCCGAACACCGGUUCCCUGCCAAUUGCCGCAAGGGCCGCACCUGCCUGGCUCGGAAGUAGCGUCCUUCUCGUCGCUGUUUUUGGCGCGGUCUUGGGGCUUCUGGGCGUCGUAAUACUCGUCCUCAUACUAUACAUAUACAAGCACAAACGACCGAAGAGUAGCAAUUCGGUCAGCUCGUCGGGUUCGGGGUAUCGGGACAAAUCGCCAAUUCCCUCGGCGCUGAGUCCGACGCCCCGGGUGCUAGCUGCCAGUGCGUUACGGGACGCGUCGGAAGGCCGCGGUGUUGCUAAAGGGACAAACGACGUGGACAACCCGGUCUUCGGCGACGACAAUGACAGCAACUACACAGCAACAAUUAAAAGUGUCACCUCGGCGCGACAGAUGCCCCAGGUCUGCGCAAGGCACAAGGUAGCUCCGAUGGUCUUGCCCCCUGUGGCCCCAAACCUGGCAGCCAUCAGCCACAUUCCGAACCUCGGUAGUCUCGUGCACAACAUAAACAACCUUGCAGGCAGCGGUCUUCACCGCGGCAACGCGAGCUCGGUCAACGACUCCUCGAACUACUCUGCCGAUCCUCCGGAUUCGCUGCAGGCUCCAGUGUCCGCCUGGCCCGCGGGUUCCAUGUCCCGGAGGGUGAAGAAACUGUCCUGGGACGACGACGACGUCGACGAGGCCGACGAGGGCGAUAACGACGGUCACAAUAAUAACAACAAUAAGCAUAGGAUCAACGACGCCGACAAGGCUGUAGACAGUGUCGAAGUUGCGCCGGAUGUCAGAAAACCUGGAAACGGUAUCAACGGUAGUGAGCAACUUAAUCUGACCGUGUACUUUUGAACACCAUGUGACAGCUUAAUUGCAGUCUCUCACCUCGACGAAGACACAUAUACGGAAUUAUUAUAAUGAAACUAAAGACUUUAUAUUGUAUAUUUAUGAUUACUAUAUACUGAAUAAAUUGUACCUACAUGUACUCAACGAA